AUGCCCUCGUCCUCCAAGUCGAAGCCCGCCGCGCGCAUCUCCGCCCGGGCGCUGCCCUCGCCCGACGACGCCUCGUCCGACUCAGAGCUCGAGCUGGACCCGGUAGCAGCAGACGACGACGACGACGACGACGCUGCGUCCUCAGCGCCCGACUCGCCUCUGCUCGCCCCCACCACCACGCAGCCCAGAUGGCUCCAGGCCGCGCAGCCGAAAUGGCUCCGCGCAGACCGGAUCAGCCGGUGCGCGCGGUGGUGGCGCCGCAUCCUCGCCUCGCUGGCUGCGCUGCUGCCGCCCCGGCGGUCCUGGCCGUUCGCUGCGCUGGUCGUCGUCUCGGCCUAUGCGCUGCUGUGCGUCGUGCGUGGCGUCCCGCUGCUGGCCUCGCCGCUGCCGCCGUACUCGGGGCCCUACGGCGUCGGGGCCGUCGACGUCGAGAUUGCGCUGGAGAAGCCGAGGCGCAUCUCCGAGACCGUCUUCAAGAGCAAUGGCGAGCCGGCGUUUGAGCACCGCACGACGCUCUUCAGCCUCUACUACCCCGUCGACAAGAGCGUCAAGGAGCGCAGGAGGAGGCAUGACUGGUUUGCGAGGCCGUUAAGCCUGCUUGCGGCUGGAUAUGCAAAGUACGCACACGUCAACAACUUCUUUAUCCGGCCGAUAUUCACAUUUGGGCUGUGGUUGGUCGCGGGCGGCAUCACAAUUCCUGCCAAGGUUGAUGCGCCACUGCUGGGAACGACCAUCACGAGAGGGGAUGCCGAACAAUUCCCCGUCAUGGUCUUCUCUCACGGAGAUGCCAGCUCAAGAAGGGAUUACACCCACUACGUCGGCGAGCUCGCCAGCCGCGGAUACGUCAUCGCAGCGGUUGAGCAUCGAGACGGCAGCUGUCCCGGCUCUCUCAUGAGAAUCAAGGGAGAAAAGGACAAGCAACUCUUACACUUUAAAGAGGCCGAACUCCUCUCCGACCCUCCAAUGGACACAGAAAAGUAUAAGCAGGAACAGCUUGCCUUCCGCGAUGCCGAAAUCCUAGAAACCAUCAACAUCCUCCGCGCCAUCAACAGCGGCCAAGGCGACAACAUAUUCAACCGCAACUCCCGCUCCGAGGGUUCCUACCUACACAGCUGGGCCGGCCGCCUCGACUUUGGCAAUCUCACCAUCGGAGGCCACUCCUUUGGCGCCACCGGCGCUCUCCAGGCCCUCAAGCAUGCUCCCUCGGACAUCAACCCUGCCAUCGGCGGCGUCAUCCUCGACCCCGGUAAGCAGAGCGGGCCCCUCAACGCCGUCAUCGACGUGCCCCUCCUCAUCGUCCACUCCGACUCCUGGUCCAAGCAGCACAGCGCCUUCUACAACCGCCCGCACUUCGACACCGUCAAGGACCUCGCCCUCAGUGUCCUCAGACGCAUCCCCAGCCACUCGUCCUGGUUCCUCACCAGCAUCGGCACAUCCCACCCCAGCGUCUCGGAUGCUCCCCUGAUAGAACCUCUGCUGCUUAGCUGGACUACCGGCGCAAGUCUCGACACCAAGGAAGCCUUGGAGGAGUACGUCGGCGUGACGGAUGACUUUUGGCAUUUUCUGCGCACGACCCGCACCGUCAACUCGUCUCUCACCGACGGCGUAGUGCACAGGGGCGAGAUGCGAGGCAUACUCGCCGAAAAGGUCACGCACGAACAGUACGGGAAGUGGGUUAGCAAAGAGCGCAAAGCCGAGUUUCCAAAGCCCCUAGCCAGGCUUUGGGAAGUCCACGUCAGCCCCGUGGCCGACGAAGGCGAGUAAAAUUAAUGAUGGAUGACGACUUUUCGCGUUUUUUGAUAGCUGGGGGGGGAAGCGGGGGCGAUAUACUGACUGCCUUUUUUUUUUUUUAAGUAUCCUUUUAGAGAGUCCUCUCUUCCCCUAAUUUCCUUUGAUCCGACUACCCAUAGAUGUCCCCAAGAACACUCUUGUAUAAUAGCGAGUUAUAAAGCACGAAAGAGAUGGCUGGGAUUCAGCCUGGUAUACACCUAGAAUAUACCUACUACCCGCCUAGAUAAUAUUUAAUUGAAUUAAAUUACAAC